AUGGCCGAAUCUAGAGACACCAAGAUCAUGGACGACCCCUCUCUCGACGAUACUAAGAAUGCCAAUUUGGACAUAAGCAAGGAAGACGAGAAGAAUGAGAAGCAGACGGUUGAAAUUUCGGCCAAGGAGUAUAAAGAGCUGCUGGCUGCAAAACGGUACCAAGACGAAGUCGAGGAAGGAAAACCUCGUAAAAAACCAAAACAUGAUGAUGCCCAUCUGAGUCUGGCCGCGCGGGCCUAUCUCUAA